GCGGCGUCAGUUAAUUGUUGGUGAAUGUGGGAUAUAAAUUAAAUACGGACCCUAAUUCAAUUUUAAGCGGUAUUUGAUGAAAAUGAAUGAGCAAAUGCUUCCUACACAUUCCUACCUGAAACCAAAUUCGCUCUGCACUUCGAUCGGUCACUAAAAACGUUUGAUCACCGGUUGUUUUGUUUGUUUUGUUUUUUAAGCUAUGGCGCAGCUACGAAGUUGAGAGUGCAGUUUAAAGGUGAAAUUCGAUCCCUUCACAAGUGGGUCGAUCGUUUAAAUCUGAGUUAAUACGCAUCUCCUUAUUAAAAUAUAAUUUUCUUGUAUGUAAUUGCAGAUGUUUGUAACUUAAUUCUUGCUUUAUGACCUUUGCAUUGUUAGCGUCUGCAUUUUAUUUUUUUUUUAAAGUUAGAGGACUUGUAUUCAGGGACGUCGAUACCGGUCACUUGACUAAUCGUCGGUUAGCGCGAACACGGCGUAUUCAGGAGCCCAUAUUUCGCUAACCGAUGACCUAUAACCGUCGUUAACUCUUUAAAUCUCGAAACCGACGAUUGAAGAUGGCGGCGAUUAUUUUGUUCAGAGCAAGGCAGAGGCGUAUUUUGAGGAGAGAGAGAGUUUUUCGCGAUAGGAUUAAUCCUAUUGAUAAAUACGAUGAUGCGGAACUAUUGUGCAAGUUCAGAUUUAGCCGACAACACAUUCUCGACCUCACAGAUGUUGUUGAAAAGCAACUUGUACAUGCGAACCGCGUGGGUGCACUUCCUCCAGUGCUACAAGUGUGCUUAGCACUGAGGUUCUAUGCCAUAGGCAGUUUCCAAAGUGCUUGUGGGGAACUAUUGAAUGUGAGCCAACCAACAGCAUCAAGGACUAUCAGUGCCGUGACACAAGCUCUGCUAAGUCUUGUACCACAGGGGAUUCGUUUUCCGGAUCAAGACGAGGCAGAGCUGCAGAAAGUAAAAUUUUAUGGAAUAGCACGAUUCCCUGGCGUCUUUGGCUGUGUGGAUGGAACUCACAUUCCAAUCCAAAGUCCACCCAACAACGAGCAUGAGUAUGUAAAUAGGAAGAAUGUACAUUCCAUUAAUGUGCAAGUAAUCUGUGAUGCGGACAUGAUAUUUAUUGAUGUUGUUGCAAAGUGGCCUGGCAGUGUGCAUGAUUCCAGGGUACUAAGGGAAUCUGGGAUCUUUAAUGCCAUGGAACAAGUAAAUCAGCCUGUCAGAGGAUACCUCCUUGGUGAUUCUGGCUACAUGCUUAGAACAUGGCUGCUAACACCAAUCCUAAACCCCUUGACUAGGUCAGAGCAGCAGUACAAUAAUAGUCACACCUCCACACGUUCCACUGUCGAGUGUGCCAUUGGAGUAUGCAAGAGGAGAUGGAGCUGCCUUAGAAAGCUUCGAUUAUCACCUGCAAAGGCCUGUGAUGUGAUAACUGUAUGUUUUAUGUUGCACAACCGUGCUCGGCGGCUCAAUCUCCCUGAGCCUGAUGGUGACGAGGGCAAUAAUGGUAACUCUUCAGAUGACGAAGAUGAUGAUGAUAAUGGCAACCUACAUGCAUCUGAACAGGCACGCGUAGCUGCAGGAAAAGCCGAAAGGCAGAGAGUGAUCAACAAGUACUUUUAAGGUGCAUUCUCCUGUGAUGGCGGUUCCACAGGUGCCUGGCAUGAUGGGAUCUGUGCCUCAUCAGUAUCAUUCAGUGGUUGCACCUCAACUGCUUGCAAUACUUCUGGAGACUCUGAAAAGAAGACAGUUGCGAUGGGAAAUGUAGUUCUGUAAACUCUAAAAAUGCAACAAAAGACAAUGUUUGAGGACACAAAAGAUAGCUGUGCAGAAAAGUGCACAAUUUUGUUACUUGUGUUACAAUUAAAAAAGCCUAAUACUGAAAUUCUAAUACAGAUCAAUUGUCAAAUCACUUUUCAAUUUACUUUUCCGCUAGAAAUUUGUUUUAAAGUAUUCUUUAAUUUUAUUAUUCUUCGGUCACUCAGGUUCCUAUUAGCGGAGAGUUUGCUGCAUUUCUCGAAUAUGAAAGUCUGAUAAAAUGAGAGUAGCAAAUGUGACUUACCUGGAACUGAAAAAGACACAGGAAGACAGUCGUUUUUGUGUGGUCCAGCAUAGCCCCUUCUUGGUGUUGAAUAAGCCGCGGAUGUAAUAUCUGUUAUGCCUGUAACAAAAUUUUGACAAAACAUUGACUACUAUUUAUAACAAAAAAAUCGAAGCUGUUUAUGUUAAUAUUUGCAUAAGACUGAUAAACCAGUUUUGUUCUUAGCUCAUAGAUCAUGUAGAUGUAGUGUCGUGAAUUUAUAUGCCUUUAAUAUUUAUUUCCUGUUGCUCCAAAGUAAUCCUAAUACUGUAGCAGUAGUGAUAAUGAUGAACUCAAUGUAACAUUUUUUUAUUACGAAAUAGAUUUGUGAAUGAACUUAUAUAACUUCAGUUAAAUGAAACGUAAUAAACAUUUCUAUGUGAA